AUGGGGGAAUGCGGGGUUCCCACCCAGGUCCAGCUGUUUCUCCGCGCCUGCGACCAGGGGGACUACGAGAGCGCCCGGCGCCUGUUGGGGCUGCCCGGGGGCGGCGCGGAGGCGGCGGGCGGCUCCGCUUGCGGGGCGGAGGAGGCGGCGGAGUCCGGGGCAGGCGAGGCGGCAGCGCCUCCCCCCUCGGUGCCGGUGGACUGCACGGACGAGGCCGGCAACACGGGGCUGCAGUUCGCCGCGGCCGGAGGCCACGAGCAGCUGGUGCGGUUCCUGCUACGCAAAGGGGCCUCGGUGCAGAGCCGGAACCACUACGGCUGGAGCCCACUCAUGCAGGCGGCCAGGUUUGGACAUCUAACUGUGGCUCACAUCUUGUUGGAGAAUGGUGCUGAUCUCAAUGCACAGAAUAAGCUAGGAGCCAGUGUACUUACAAUGGCUUCUAGAGGUGGCCAUGUCAGUGUCGUGAAAUUGUUGCUGGAAUCUGGAGCUUUUGUUGAUAAUUAUGACCAUUUUAAUACCAGUUUGGUUGACAACAGCAAAGAGGAACUGCCUGAUAUAACACCACUAAUAGCAGCUGCCCAGCAUGGAUAUGAGGCAGUGGUGCACUUGCUACUGGACUGGGGAGCUGAUUGUAAUUACACUGUGAAGACUGUGGGCUGGAGUCCUCUAAUGCUGGCAGCUGUUAGUGGAAAGCUGAGCUUGGCACAACAACUCAUGGACAAGGGAGCCAAUCCUAAUCACCUAAAUGUGCUGCAUAAAACACCUUUUGAAAUCUCCAUUGGCUUCAAACAUAAAGACAUGAAAGAUUAUUUGGAAUCACUAACAACAAUCAGACCCCUGACAGAUAAUGACAAGAGGCAACCUGAUGUCUUUCAUGCUUUGAAAAUGGGAAAUUUUCAGCUGGUUAAAGAGAUUGUGGAUGAAGACCCAAAUCAAGUUAAUAUUAUUAAUGGUGAUGGUGCUUCUCCACUGAUGAUUGCAGCUGUAACUGGACAGUUGGAUCUUGUACAGCUGCUUGUUGAGAGAAAUGCUGACAUUGACAAACAAGAUAAUGUUCAUGGCUGGACAGCCCUAAUGCAGGCCACAUACCAUGGAAAUAAAGAAGUUGUUAAGUAUUUGUUGAAUCGAGGAGCUGAUGUCAAUCUACGUGCAAAAAAUGGAUACACAGCCUUUGACCUGAUAAUGCUACUGAACGAUCCAGACACAGAACUUGUACGUCAACUAGCAUCAGCCUGCAUGCAAGUAGACAAAGACAAGGGUAAGCAGAACAACAAAUCAUCUUUGCCCUGUUCUAGAAGUAGGCAAUCUUUAAAUACCCCGAUGUUGCCAGAUGACAAGGGAGGAUUAAAGUCAUGGUGGAGCAGGAUGUCCAAUAGAUUCCGUAAGCUGAAGUUGACCCAAACAUUGCGUCAUGGAUUUUCCACCAGUCAGUCUGUGCCUUUUACUGAUGAGCCCGAAUCAUCUCUGAAUUCCACAAUAAAAGCCACUUCACAGCCUGAUGUGAACAACUCUGGAAACUGUGAUGCUGCAACAGCUUGGACCACAAAUAUCAAAGCUAGUGUAUGCACAAGAGCAGGAAAGGAUGAUGAAUUAUUGACAACCAUGUUAAGAAGUGGUGCUCCAUUUACUAGGCUACCUAGUGAUAAACUGAAAGCAGUUAUUCCUCCUUUCUUACCUCCUUCAAGUUUUGAGCUGUGGAAUUCUGACCGAACACGAAUGAACAAAGAUGGCAAGACUGAACAGAUGAGGACUGCCUUGCCACAGCGCGGGAUCAAACAUGAUUUUAACAGCAGUGCAAAUUCUGACAUAGUAAGUACUAGACCGGUCAAAUUGCCAACCUUUGCAAGAAGACCUGCUUCUCCCUCAAAUUCAAGCAACUUCAACCACUCGCCACACUCUUCUGGUGGAUCCAACAACAUCGCUGGAAUUAACAGACAUGGUGGAGAACUCCAUAAUAGAUCAGGUGGCAGUGCAGAUAGUGUUUUGUCUCAAAUUGCUGCUCAAAGGAAAAAAGCAGCAGGCUUACCUGAACAGAAACCCAGCCAGCAAUAUAGCUCUAUCCACACAGCUGCUUCAUCCACGCUUCCUGAACUGCAGCAGUAUACUCAGAUAGCUGGCAAUGGACAUAUUGCAAAGAAACUGGAGAUGAACAAAAGACCUCCAUCUGGGACCUCAUCUACAUCUAAAAGCACAUCACCAACUCUCACACCAUCCCCAUCUCCAUCCCCAUCCCCUAAGGUUCACAAUGCGGAGUCCUCUCUCUCUUCCUCUCACAGACAAGCCAAGAGCAAUGGUGGCUCCAGUAGUGGAACUAUUACUGAUGAAGAUGAGCUGACUAGUAUCCUUAAAAAAUUGUCGCUUGAGAAAUAUCAGCCCAUUUUUGAAGAACAGGAGGUGGAUAUGGAAGCCUUCCUCACACUUACUGAUGGUGAUUUGAAAGAGCUGGGAAUUAAAACUGAUGGAUCUAGGCAGCAAAUUCUGGCAGCUAUUUCUGAACUGAAUGCAGGAAAGGGACGAGAGAGGCAGAUUUUACAGGAAACCAUACACAAUUUCCACUCUUCCUUUGAGAGUAGUGUUAGUAAUACCAGACCUCCUGGCAGUUCUCAGUCACCUGGAUACUGGAUAAAACCACAAGAAUCUGUGCCUACCAAGAGGUAG